UCACAUUGCAUUCCAUCGUCUCUUCCGCCAACUAUCCUCUCGAAUAUCAUCCCCAAUGGGCAUUAAGGGUAUUCUCGGCUACAUUCUCGGCAAUUAUGAGCGUAGGGGCAUGUACAACAACAAUUCCUCCUAUCCGGAAUGGCUAGGUGACAAUGUCGUGCGAUUCAUCCUCGCCCUUUCUCCCGAGCAAUGCAAGGAGAUGGCAGAUCUUAUUGACAAGAUUGAGUGGGUAGACGAUGAGAAUGAUGUUAUGGAUGAUGAUACUCAGGAGUACUAUGAAGCCUGCGAGGGAAUCUGGCAAGACAGUUUCCCUUAUGGCGGUCCUGAGAAUUGGUUCAAGGAGAAGGAUCUGGAGGGCAUUUCUGAACAGGAAAAGGACGACAUAAUUAAAGAGAGAACAAAGAAGGCUGAAGAGUUGUUGGGCAAGGACAGCAUUGAGCGGUGCAAGUACGACAGUAUCACAGCAUUGUGGAGAGAUGAGAAUGGCCAUUUUUGUGCAAUAUGGGGCGAGUUUUUGAGAGGAGCAAGCGGAGCAAGCGGGCUGCCAAUGAUCCAGCAGGGAAAGCUCGUACAUCUGAUUGAUUCCAUUGCUAGUGAUGGUUUGAACGAUUGGGCAUACUUCAUCGACUUUCACCACGAGAAAAUGGAGAUUUGGCGCUCUGGAGACUUUCUCAAAGAGUUAUCGUUUGCCUUUUUCCGAGAAAACCCAGACUAUAUGAAAACCAAUUUCAGGGUGGAGGAGUGGUGAUAUCAACCAGCGACGAGGACGGGCCUGUGAUGCAGGCAUUGGUGGCGCUCAAUGUAGAUAAACAGAUGUAGAUGCAAGAUUCUCUGAG